CCAUUUGCACACGUUUUCAAGAAAAAUGUAAAUUCAGCAAAAAAAAUACAAUGCAAUACAACGUCAUCAAUUAUUUUCUACGUGCAAUAAAUUCAUUAGUAGUUUAGCUUUAUUUUAAGCAUGUUGUAUAAAUGUUUAUAAAAUAUUUUAGAAACAUAAUGAAUUGUUUUAAUGUUAAACUUGUUUUAAGUCUUUUAGUCAUUUUUAUUCUUAUAAAAAUCGAUGCAAAACGAAACAAAAAUAAAUUACCAAGUUUCUUAAAUAUUUGUCAAAGAAAUGAUCCACAUCUAAACGAUUGCAUAAAAAAAUCCGUGGAGAAUUUACGUCCAUUGCUUCGAAAAGGAAUUCCAGAGUUUGAUAUACCAAGUUGUGAACCUUUGCACAUUCCGGAAGUAGUAAUCGAUCAAGGCGCCGGACCUCUAUCAAUAAAGUCCAGCUACAAGGACAUCCAAGUAUCUGGUCCGACAGAUUUCACAUUAAAAAGCAUUAGAAUUGAUUUAGAAAAAAAUCGAGUCCGAAUUAAGCUAUGGCUGCCCAAACUGGAAGUAAUGUGCCAGUAUGAACUGCAAGGAAAAAUCUUGAUGAUGCCAAUUUCCGGUUCUGGUGAAAGUCAUGGAAAUUACAGCAAUAUUGACGUGACGAUAACCAUGCAAGGUCAGCAAAUUAAAAGCGACGAUGUUUAUUUCAACAUCAAAGAUUUUGUUGUGGAUUUUAAUAUUGGUUACGCCGAAAUCAAGUUGGAUAAUUUGUUCAACGGCGAUAAGGAAUUAGGUGAAGCCAUGAACUUGUUCCUCAACGACAAUUGGAAACAAGUUUCGAGCGAAAUUAAACCAGUGUUAGAAGAUACUAUCGCUUCGAUAUAAAAGUUUGCUAACAAAAUAUUUCAUAAAUUUCCUUUGGAUGUUUUACUUCCUCAGUGAAUAAAUAAUAUUGUUAUUUGAGUAAUUAAUUCAAUUACAAAAUCAAAACAUA